AUGAAUAUUGAAAGAGAUAAUUUUUCAGGAGUCAUCAGUAUCAGACCAACAGCUUUAAUCACACAGUUAAACAUUCAUGAGAUUUUAAGAAAGUCUCAGUUUGUGUGCCUUUGUGAAGAGUUGACGAGAAUGAAAACAUGUUUACGAAGGAUACUCUUAAAUGGACUUACGCUUAAAGUAUAA